UUUGGCCACCUUUGCUCUGAGCUCUGCUGCUGCUGACCCCCACCUGAGCCAUGUUCUACUACCCUGAGGUGCUGCAGCGGCACCGCGGCUGCCUCGGCACCGUCUGGCUGGCAGCCACUUGCAGCUCGAGGCUCCUGCGCAGAGAGUACCUGGGGGUGGAUGUGCCCAGGGCAUGUGCUGCUGUGUCCUCGUUCCUGAUUGGCCGAGGGGGCUGGGAGGUUCCGCCCCCUCCCCCCGGGGCUCCUCCCCCUCGGUGCUCCCUGAGGCUUGCGGCACAGCUGGGACUGGGCCUGGCCAGGGUCUACUGGGACCAGUGCCGAUGCCUGCUGGAGGAGGUUCGGCAGGUGCUGGAGAGGCUGCACAGGGCCAGGCCCCCCCCAAGGAUCGACCUCAGCCCCCCCAGGAGGCCCCAGCUGCUCCCUGACGCCCAGGCCCAGCAGGAGAUGUUGGAGCAGGCCCCAGACCCCUUCUUUGGGCUGAUGGGGCUGGAGCUGCCCAGCCCCACAGUGCUGCUGGCUCAGAUCCCCUCCCCCCCCCGCCGGCGCCGUCCUGCCCCACAGCUGCCCCACAUCGAUCUCCAGACCCAGAUCCCUCAGGAGACCUUCAGGGCCCAGCUGGAGCUGCCCCACAUCGGCUGUGGGGAGCUGCUCCUCCUGCCCCCUCCCUCCAAGCGCCGCAGGACUCCUGCUGAGCUCUUUCGGACCCCAACCUGUGGCUGGCUGCCCCCUGAGCUCCUGGCCCUGUGGCUUCGCUGCACCAGGCCAGGCCCUCCCCGCCCCACAGCGCCCCCCCCAGAGCUGCCCAGCGAGGUGGAGCUCUUUCCCUCUGCCCCACACAUCUCUCUCUCUGCCUCAUAG